CCGCGGAGCACAAUGCAGCACUGAGCGGCGCCUCGGAGCGCGCUGCAGCCCCGAGCCUGCGGCAGCGGCGGGCGCGGGCGGAGCAGGCGGAGCGGGACGCGGGCGGAGCGGGGCGCGGCGGCCGGGCAUGAGCAGCUCCUGAGCGCGGGCGCGGCGGCACCAUGCAGGCGGCGGCCGCGUCCCUCCCCUGGCUGCUGCUCUGCGCACUCGGGUUCUGCCCCGCGGCGCGCUGCGGCCCGGCAGGAGAAGCCUCCUGGACGGAGCUGCAGAGGAGCAAUGAAAACCGCUUCCUGGAGCGCCAGAGCAUUGUGCCGCUGCGCCUCGUCUACCGCUCGGGCGGUGACGACGAAACUCUGCACGACGAGCUCACCACGCGGGUGCGGGGCGACCCCGGCGGGCUGCAGUCGACUCAUGUGAACCGGGCGAGCUUCCAGGUCGAGGCCUUUGGGACACCCUUCAUCCUCGACGUCGUGCUGAACCAUGACUUGCUGUCCUCCGAUUACGUAGAGAGGCACAUUGAACAUGGAGGAAGGACCGUGGAAGUUAAAGGAGGCGAGCACUGUUACUACCAGGGCCACAUCCGAGGAAACCCGGCCUCCUUUGUUGCACUGUCAACGUGCCAUGGACUUCAAGCUGAUGGCUGUGCCUGUUUUCCUGUUCUUGGCAGCGGGAUGUUCUAUGAUGGGAACCAUACGUAUCUCAUUGAGCCCGAAGAAAAUGAGACCUCCCCGGAGGAUUUCCGUUCCCAUUUAGUUUACAAAUCCAGAGUAUUUGAAUUUCCCUUGGAUGAUCUUCCAUCUGAAUUUCAACAAGUAAACAUCACUCUACCAAAGUUUAUUCCAAAGCCAAGACUAAGAAGGAGCAAACGGCAGCUUCUUCGAUAUCCUCGUAAUGUGGAAGAAGAAACCAAAUAUAUUGAACUAAUGAUUGUGAAUGAUCAUCUCAUGUUUAAAAAACAUCGACUUUCUGUUGUCCAUACCAAUACCUAUGCGAAAUCUGUGGUGAACAUGGCAGAUUUAAUAUAUAAAGAUCAGCUUAAGACAAGAAUAGUAUUGGUUGCCAUGGAAACCUGGGCGGCUGACAACAAGUUUGCCAUAUCUGAAAAUCCAUUGAUCACCCUACGUGAGUUUAUGAAGUACAGGAGGGAUUUUAUCAAAGAGAAAAGCGAUGCAGUUCAUCUUUUUUCGGGGAGUCAAUUUGAGAGUAGCCGGAGCGGGGCAGCUUAUAUUGGUGGGAUUUGCUCGCUGCUGAAAGGAGGAGGCGUGAAUGAAUUUGGGAAAACUGAUUUAAUGGCUGUUACACUUGCUCAAUCAUUAGCCCAUAAUAUUGGUAUUAUCUCAGACAAAAGAAAGUUAGCAAGCGGUGAGUGUAAAUGUGACGACACAUGGUCGGGAUGCAUAAUGGGAGACACUGGCUAUUAUCUACCCAAAAAGUUUACCCAGUGUAAUAUUGAAGAAUAUCAUGACUUCCUUAAUAGUGGAGGUGGGACCUGCCUGUUCAACAAACCUUCUAAGCUUCUGGACCCUCCAGAGUGUGGCAAUGGCUUCAUUGAGACUGGGGAGGAGUGUGACUGUGGGACAUCUGCGGAAUGUGUCCUGGAAGGGGCGGAGUGUUGUAAGAAAUGCACACUGACUCAAGACUCCCAGUGCAGUGAUGGGCUCUGCUGCCAAAAGUGCAAGUUUCAGCCUAUGGGAACCGUGUGCCGCGAAGCAGUGAAUGAUUGUGAUAUUCGUGAAACAUGCUCAGGAAACUCAAGCCAGUGUGCCCCUAAUGUUCAUAAAAUGGAUGGGUACCAGUGCGACGGCGUGCAGGGAAUCUGCUUUGGAGGAAGAUGUAAAACCAGGGACAGACAAUGCAAAUACAUCUGGGGACAAAAGGUGACGGCGUCAGACAAAUACUGCUAUGAGAAGCUGAACAUCGAGGGGACCGAGAAGGGUAACUGUGGGAAAGACAAAGACACUUGGAUACAGUGCAACAAACGGGAUGUGCUUUGUGGUUACCUUUUAUGCACCAACAUUGGCAACAUCCCAAGGCUUGGAGAGCUCGAUGGUGAAAUCACAUCCACUUUAGUUGUGCAGCAGGGAAGAACGUUAAACUGCAGUGGCGGGCAUGUUAAGCUUGAGGAAGACGUGGAUCUUGGCUAUGUAGAAGAUGGGACGCCUUGUGGCCCCAAAAUGAUGUGCUUAGAACACAGAUGUCUUCCGGUGGCUUCCUUCAACUUUAGCACUUGCUUAAGCAAUAAAGAAGGCAUUGUUUGUUCAGGAAAUGGAUUUUGCAGUAACGAGCUGACGUGUGUGUGUAACAGGCACUGGACAGGUGCGGAUUGCAGCAUUUACUUCCCUUAUAAUGAGGAUGCAAAGACGGGUAUCACUUUGUCUGGCAAUGGUGUUGCUGGUACCAAUAUCAUCAUAGGCAUUAUUGCUGGCACCAUUUUAGUGCUGGCCCUCAUAUUAGGAAUCACAGCCUGGGGUUAUAAAAACUAUCGAGAACAGAGACAGUUACCCCAGGGAGAUUAUGUAAAAAAGCCCGGAGAUGGCGACUCUUUUUAUAGCGACAUCCCUCCAGGAGUCAGCACAAACUCCGCAUCUAGUUCUAAGAAGAGGUCUGCCUUUCUGUCGCAUUUUCAGAUUUCUACCUGUUCCAUCCCACAUUAUUCCAUUAGUCAGAACAUUUCAUUAUUUUGCAGCAGGUCAAAUGGCCUCUCGCAUUCUUGGAGUGAAAGGAUUCCAGACACAAAGCACAUUUCAGACAUCUGUGAAAAUGGGCGGCCUCGAAGUAACUCUUGGCAAGGUAACCUGGGCGGCAACAGAAAGAAAAUCAGAGGCAAAAGAUUUAGACCUCGAUCUAAUUCAACUGAGAGGGAGCCCCAAGCACCCGAGCCUGGGCACUCCCUCGCCCAGACAGUCCCAUCCCAAGGCAUAAGCCCAGGGGGCUCUGACAGCCCCCAGACAGGCAGUCUGGAUCACAGGUAUUUAAAUCCAUGGUUCAAAAGAGACUAUAAUGUAGCUAAGUGGGUAGAAGAUGUGAAUAAAAACACUGAAGGACCAUACUUUAGCUCCCAAGAUGGCCAGCGUCAGGAAGACAGGACUUUAUCUCCUGCCAAGUCUCCUUCUUCGUCAACUGGGUCUAUUGCGUCCAGCAGAAAAUACCCUUACCCAAUGCCCCCGCUUCCUGAUGAAGAGAAGGCAGUGAACCGACACAGCGCAAGGCUCUGGGAGACAUCCAUUUAAGAUCCACUGUUUACAUGUGACACAUCGAAAACUGUUUACUUCAACUUUUAUAGAAACCCAGUCUCCGGAAUCACUGCAAAUCUUUCCACUCUGCAGACACUUCGAAGACCCUCAGAGAUGCCACAGAGAAGAGGAAGUCAGCUCUCACAUCUGGAUAUCAUUUUCUUUUUGUCAUUGGCUUAGGAUUUAAUUGAACCAUGAAACAAACUACUGUAGUGUUGUGCUCUAACAUGGAACUGGUACUGGUAGGUUAAUGGACAAGUCACAUGACAAAUACAUAUAUAUAAUAUACAUAGAAAUAUCAAUAAAAUUAACUCACAUGACCCAAAUGUAGCAAGUUUCCUAAAGGACAGUAGUGGAUUCAGAACCUGACCUUCUGAAGCACACCCUCAUUGUAAACAGUAAUGCUCUAUGCAUGAAGCCUCUAUUCAUUGUUUUCCAUAAUUAAGAAAACAACAUCCCAUAAUAGAAACUAGCAUGCAGGGCUAAAAGCAUAUAGGAUUUUUCUGCAGAACCUUAAAGCCUUGAAAGGCCAAUAUCCCAUAUGCUAACUUUAAACAUGUAUUUUUAUUUUUGUUUUGUUUUUACCUUUCAUAUUUAUAUGAGCAUACAAGAACAGUUGUACAUAUGUAAACAUUUUUAAAAUUCAAAAAAGCAGCUGUUACACACAAGUGUAUUUUGCCAAAUGUCUAAAAACAGUCUGUCAUGAUCCAUCCUCGUCCUGUGGUCUUUAGUGCAUACAGGCAGGUGAUGUAGAGUGGUCAGUGCUGUAGCUGUCUCUGUGUAGCUGGUAUGUGUCUAAAAGGUGGAAUCCCCUAAACUGUGUUACAGGAGGCAGUCUUGUGGAGUGGCCAAGUGAGACAAUAAAAUGCCCACUGAGACUGUAGUUCGUCAAAGCAGAAGGCCAGUAGCACAGCUGCCUUGGGACCCUCCGUGGCCAGCUGGCUGCUCCCUGGGAAAUAGCUAGCCAGUUUACUCUCCUGGGCAUACACAGUGUCUGUUUCAGUGGCUUUCUCUUUUGGUACCAGAGCAUAUCUGCUAGUCUCUCCUAAAGGCUGGUGAGCCCCCGGUGGUGUGUGCUGCUGUGAUUAGACAGAGGCACCAAAGACCCUUGAGACCCAGUAGCUUCCAUCUUGCCAGUCCUCCAGCGCUUUCUAGCCUGAAGUUCUGGCUCCUGAGAAACGUUGUGGUCACUCUCAUCUAGGGAAAGAACGACUUGUGCAACAGAAACAGACUUCAUGCUGUUCCUUAAGGAUACUUGUCAUUCCUGGGACUGAGGCCCAGCAAGUCGUUUUGCACUAACUUUGAAGCAAGGUGAUGGACAGUUCCACUGUGCUCAGAAGCCUCAACAGGGCAUCAAGGGUUAAAUAAGAUUUAAAGCCAUAAUAAUGCAGCAGCUGUGAAGUCACAUAAACAACUGGUGGGGGCAAGAAUCUGAUGUUUCGAGCCCUAUAAUUUGUAAUCCCUAGAAAAAUGAGCACUUAUGUUUAAAGCCCCAUCAAAAAAAAAAAAAAAAAAAAAAAAAAAAAAAAAAAACCAAAGUUUUAUGCUGUCACAUGCAGCUCUGUUACUUCAAGAGAAAGAGUACUCCACCUAACAAGAUCAGAAAUUGGUGGUCCAGGUAGUCACGUGGUCUGCCACGAGGUUGUCUUCUGCUUGCCUCUCUUUUUUGAGAGUAAUGAGAUUUCAGAAAUGUCUUUGACAUUUAUUUCUUCCAGUGAUUUCCGUGGACAAAAUCCAUGUCAUCUCCAUGUGUAAGCAUUACAGGUGCCCAAACUGAAGGGCCAAGUUAGAUACUCUGUGAUCAUGUCUUUUGUAAGGGGGCCCUCUUCUGAAAGUCUUUGAAAAUUUUGGGAAAGCAAUUUAACCAUCCAAAAUUAUACAGUGGGAAACAGCACUGUUGGUGAUAGGAAGGCGUGCAAUUGUUGAAGCCUCAGUAAAGCUAUGUCAGACCCAGCUGGCUGAGCAGUGUUAUUGCUAGCUCCAGCCAAGGAUAGAAGGGCACACAGGUUGAAAGACGUAGCAAAUAAAGCGACUUUUGACCAGGAUCACUUUAAAUGUGCACUGAAUGUUUUCUGGUAUUGAGUGUAUAAAAGGCUAAGAUUUAUUUUGACUAUAAAAGAGAUUAUAGAUUUGAAUAUAUAAGGUGCCUCAUGUAAAUGUGCUUCCUAGUUAUAGUUACACAAGCCCUUGGUUGAAGGAAUCCACAAAUGGCUAGCUAGUCAACUGAUCAUCUACCUACCUAGCUAAACUAUUUAUUUUUCUUACUUGCUCAGUUAUUUUUAUCUAAAACUAGUAUUUCAAAUGAAAAUCAUUAUAAUGUGCCUUUUGGGAGAUACAGUUGUUCAAUAAGUAUGAUUUGUAAUACUCCUUGGUAACGAUUUUCACAUGGAAAUGAAAGGUGUUUCGUUUUAUUUGUAGAGAGUGUGAUUCUAAAUACAGUAGCUUUCAUGUGCUAUUCUGAGCAUCUACUCUAUCUCCCAUGUUUAAACAUUGUUAGAAGGCAUUUGUGGAAUUCUUUGACAAAUUUUAGUUGUGAGGGGUAGUUUUGAGAAGUAUCUGUAUGUACACUCAUGGCUGAUCUAAAGUGCUGCAUUGAAACAUUUUGACUUUUCAUUCACUGAGGUAGAUAGAAUGGACUCAUAGCAUGAACUAGAAGCACAGCAAUUGUUACUUUUAAAAUACACAUUUUGGAGAGAAACUUCCAGGCAAUGUGGCAGUUUGUUUCCUGCUUCUAACAUUGAUAUUCCCACUUGCUAUGGAUACUGCUCAGCACAGUAGUUAGCUGUUUGGCUCUAUGGUUUGGUGAAUGCCUUUUUCCCUCAAAAGUUCUGGUCACAGUUGUGCUGCCUGAGAUGUUUAAUUUUUCCAGUUAUUACUGUUUCUUGUGCAAAGGAACAUGUGAACUCCUCCAUGGAGCGUCAGCAGGACAAUAUGAUGUGACAGGGAGUCCUGAAGGGGUGGACUGGCCAGUGUUCUCUGUGUCUGGGAAUCCCUGGGAUUCAGCAAGCUAAAUGAUGACCUGCAGUCACUUUAGUGUGCAGAAAGGAACUGGUCAGUGCUUCUCAACCAGCCACAGCACAGUGAGAGCUCGUUGGCCAUAGUUGGGUUUUUAAAGAAACUUGGUGCCUCAGAAAGAACCUAUUGUCAGAGUUGUUUCUUGGGAAGAAAAGUGAUGAAUAUAGCAAAUAUGGGCUUAAAAUAACAAACUUCUGUCUCAGUUUGAUGUUAGUGCUUAAGUGACAGUAGUUUCUCUUCUUUCUUCUUGUUUUAAAAUUGUGUUUGUUAUGUAGGGUCAGUCCCGCAUAGAAUUUUUUUUUUUUUCUUUGUGACACAGGGUUUCAGGCUGACCUUGAAAUUGCAGCAGUCCUCCUGCCUCAGCCUUCCAAGUGCUGGGAUUAAAGGCAUGCACCACCAUACCAGCCUGGCAUAGAAUUUAAUGUAAGAUUGAUCAGGUUUCUAAAAGAACUUGUUUUGAAAUAAAAAGACUUUGUUACUUCCAGUGAAGGACAUUUCAAAUUCUUUAAUCAGCUUACAUUCUUCAUUCUUUUUUGUUGAUCCCCUUGCCAAUUAGCAUAAUUUAAUCCUGUCCAAAUUUCUACAUCUUUUUUCUAUAAUUUACCUGCUACCUUUUUUUCAGAUUUUAUGCUUUUUACAACUAUCUUUCAGCCAGAGGAAAUACAGUAUUUCGAGUCACUUUUUUCAGUGUUUUAUAAUCAAGUUCAUUCGUUUCCUACUGUCAUAUUUUAGCUUUACACAAAUACCCAAUAUUUUAAAUACUUGUUAUUAAACAUGGUAAUUAGCCCUUGUUUAGAUCAGACCAUUUUGCUUUAUCUUAAAGAACAGCUUGCAGUAUACGAGGAGGGAGGAGUCCAGUUUGGAACUGAUAGCUUCCAAGGCAAGACAGCUGUCUGUGCAGUGUGGUAGGUGCGGGGUGCCCUUGGGGAUGUACUAUGAGUACCCCCAUGGCUUCGCAGUCAGUGUUAGUUUUCCAAGAAAUACCCAUACUCCCAUUUGCAGUCUGUUUUCUAAUUUUUAUUCUCUUAUAUUCCUUUCAAUUGUUUUCCUCUACAGUUGCCACCUAAACACUUUUCCUCUUUUAAGCUACAUGAAUUGCUUUUUCAUUCUUGUUCUGCCAGGUUAAAAUGUAUACAAAAGCAAACAUUUCUGUGGCAUGGGGCUUCACUGGGGACUUCCAUUUAUUUUCCUCCUUUGAGAUGUUUUAUGAAUGGCUGAGACUUGGAUGCUUUAUGCAGCAGCUUUUCUCCUGACACUGGGUGACUAAGGACUGUUACUCAGGAGUCAUUCUGCCACCCCUGCAUAGGCAGCGCAGCAACCUUUAACAGGCCCAGGGUGGUGUUUCUGCUCACACCGUUUUCAUGCUCCGUAAUGGUCCAAAACAGGAAGCAUGUUCAGUUUGCAGACAAUCACUGAAAAACAAAAACCUAUCAAGAGAAUUUCUGCCAUUUUCUAUCCAUGGCCUGACAAAUUGUGCAUCCACCCCACUCUGGGCUCAAGGGACACUUGGAGGACCAGCUGACUUCUGCAGUAGCCCUGCCUUCAGUAGCAGUGGAGCAGUUUCUUCAUGAUUAGGAACUUUUAUCGGUCAUGGUAGAUGGGGCCUCCUUUGGCUGCAGAGGAAAUUUGGAGACCCCUAGCGGUAGAAAGUUAGGGGUGGAAGGUGGCUGUAGUUGGCUUUCUCCACAUUGGCAUGGGCCAUGAACCUUGGAAAGUCACUGAGAGAUCUUUUCUAGGGUGUGACUUGCAGAAUAGGGAGGAAAUAAAAAGCAAGCUCUGGGAGAUAGGAGGCAUCUAGCCCUGGCAUAAAGGCAGAGUGAACACCCAUAUGCAGAACUCUAAAGCCUAGCAUGUGGGAGAGCUCAGGUGGCUACCAGACAGAUUGCAGAAAGAGGUACUGGGUGUCUGAGGCAGAUCUAUGUGCUUUGCAUGUUUACUGUGUUGGCUGUUAGUACUGUGGCCCAGUGGCAUGUCCUUGUUGCUCCGUUCACAGAACCUGUGUCAUACUGUGGGUGCUUCCAGGGUGGCAGAGUUUUGGUCAAGGGCUUGGUCAUUUCAUAUUCCUAAGAAUUUUUGGAACCAAAAGUAGGCAAAUUAUGUUGUUUGGCUUCAUUUAUAAAGAGGCAUACAGUGAGACUAAGCAAUCUUAUUAAGAUAAUGUGCACAAAACCGUCAAGUUUCAGUUUCUAAAAAAAGCUAUACACACCUAAACAUCCACUUUAGGGUCAGCCUUUUGUAAAUUUCAAGCUGUGAUUUUUGUUUUGAUAAUUAAGCUCUAAAAAUGCAAAUAGCCCCAAAUCUUUAAAUAUAGAGGUGCUAAGUUAUAUUAGAUAACACAGUACAGAAAGUGCUGACAUGAAUUAAUGCACUACUAACGAGUUCCUGCUAAAUUGUACAUGUGUAUCACUGCCUGAUUAGAAGCCCUACUUUUCUAAUCAAGCACAGAAUCAGUGAUUUUACAAUCAGUCUUCUCAAUGGGUAAAAAUGACCCAACACCUUUUUUUUGUAUGGAAAACUUUUUUUAAAACACUACUUGCAAAAGUGCUUAACAAAAAUGUUGAUUCAGAAUAAGCAUGUACUUUUUUCCUAACUUGUUGGAAGAGUUGCCCAUGCCCCCAGACAGCAUCCCCAAAAGACAACUUUAGAAACUGAGUGUCCUCCCUAAUUAGCAGUCUCUGUGCUCACAGUAUGGUAUUAGCACAGGCCUGUGCUCAUUUCCCACAUCACUGUGUGGCAGGUAUGACACCAUCUGCAGAUGAGGACAGCCACCUGGGCAGUGUGCACAGCGCGGAUUCACACUUUUGAUAACCAGGCCAUCAGGUGUAUAUACUUAGAUGUGCAUCAUUUUAACAUUCUCUCUGCACUUCGGGUUCUUAAACUUUUAAAAACUUUCAGGUUUUGGCAAAACCAAUGGAAAUGUAUGUGGCGACUGCUUUCCUGAGCAAGCGUGAUUUGUUUUAUGGCUGUUAUAAAAUUAUUCUCACAUUGUAAGUAAACAAACUCUUGCUGUUUUUAAAGGUCACUGUAACUUGAGGUUUAAAUUUCUGGCACAAUUUUAUUAGUAUUCAUUUCCAAAGCUAAUACAAUACUACAGUUUUCUAUGUUACUCUCAUUGUAACAUCAAUAAAGUGACUUUCAAUAAAAGA